AUUGGAUAUGAUUAUGAUAUCAUAAUCAUCAUAAGUGUUCGCUGGUGCAGUAUAUAAAAGUACAAACACUGACUUACCUUUGAUUAAUUUUCGUGUCGAUCCGAAGCUGUUACUUACUUGUUUCAAACUUGAGAUUCAUUCAUGGCUUCCUCGUUGUCUUCGACUUCACCUACUGUUACUGCUUCAUCUGCUUCUUCCACCACCAAAUCUUCACGUUUUUCUCAUUCCUCCAUCUCUUUCCCUCUUCUCUCUCCUAAUUCCAACAACACCCUCCGCCACUUUUUCACCAAGGGAUGCCCGCCUAGUCAUAUGGUAUUAUGCCCCAGAAUUAAGGCCCAGUUAAAUGAGGUUGCCCUUGAUGGUUCUUCCAAUGAUGUGCCUCCUAUUACAGCCAAAUCAGAUGUGGAACCACCGACCACACCUUCAAUUGAACCAUCUUCUUCAGUCUUGGAAAAUGAAGAAUCAAUCUCUCAGUUUUUUACUCAAGUUGCAAGUCUUGUCAAGCUUGUUGAUUCAAGAGACAUUGUAGAAUUGAAGCUGAAGCAGCUAAACUGCGAAGUAUUAAUCAGGAAAAAAGAGGCUAUGCCUCAACCAGAAUAUGCUCCUCAACCGGCAGUGGUGUAUUCACCACCUUCGCAAACGGCGCCACCUGUUGUGCCAUCGCAUACUCAGGCUCCUCGUACUCCUUCACCGUCAACUUCUCCCCUUGCUCUCAAGGCACCUAAAUCAUCACGCCCGCCUCUUAAAAGCCCCAUGGCAGGGACAUUCUACCGAAGUCCUGGACCGGCUGAACCUCCGUUUGUGAAGGUUGGAGACAAAGUAAAGAAGGGGCAAGUUUUAUGCAUCAUUGAGGCAAUGAAAUUGAUGAAUGAAAUAGAAGCUGAUCAGUCAGGAACUAUAGUUGAAAUCGUCACGGAAGAUGCCAAGCCUGUAAGCGUUGGCACUCCCCUAUUUGUGAUUGAACCGUAGAGCUGACGGAUUAUUCAAGUUGACGGACGAUAAUCUGCAGGUCGUGGUAGUUGAGAAAUGUGAGGUGUAUCAUAUUCCCCCAACCCCCCAGGUAGAGGAAGUGUAGGAAGAUUUUGUUGUGAAUUUGGAUGGUACACAGUUGAGAAGAAUUACUAGCUUAUAUUGUAUUUGUUCUCACCCUCCUCUUAUUUUUCACUGCUAAUGAUUGGACUAUGUUUUGGUGAA